CUCGUGUCCCUCGGGCUGUCCUUCUACGCGCCGCCCGGCGCCGCCGAUGAAGCGUGCGGGCAGGCGUCGGGCGGCGCGGAGGACGAGGGCGAGGCGGAGGCGGGCUGGAUCGAGGGCGCGGCCAUCCUGCUGUCGGUGGCGUGCGUGGUGCUGGUGACGGCGUCCAACGACUGGAGCAAGGAGCGGCAGUUCCGGGGGCUGCAGAGCCGCCUGGAGCGCGAGCAGCGCGUGGCCGUGCUGCGCGGGGGGCGCCUGGCGCAGGUGCCCGUGGCCGAGCUGGUGGUGGGGGACAUCGUGCAGGUCAAGUACGGUGACCUCCUGCCCGCCGAUGGCGUCCUGAUCCAGGGCAACGACCUGAGGAUCGACGAGAGCGCGCUGACCGGAGAGAGCGACCACGUGCGCAAGGGCCCGGACAGGGACCCGCUGCUGCUCUCGGGCACGCACGUGAUGGAGGGCUCGGGCAGGAUGGUGGUGACAGCCGUGGGCGUCAACUCGCAGAGCGGCAUCAUCUUCACCCUGCUGGGCGCGGCGGGGGACGAGGAGGGCGACAGCAGGGACAGGAGAGGGAAGCCCCAGGACGGCGCCGCCAUCGCCGCACAACCCAAAGGCAAGCGGCCGGACGGGGCGGUGGCCAUGGAGAUGCAGCCGCUGAAGAGCGCCGAGGGCGGGGACAGCGCCGAGGGGACGGGGACGGGGACGCGGCCCCGGGGUGGCACCAAGAAGGAGAAAUCCGUGCUCCAGGCCAAGCUGACCCAGCUGGCCGUGCAGAUCGGGAAGGCAGGCCUGGCCAUGUCGGCCAUCACCGUCAUCAUCCUGGUGCUGUACUUCGUCAUCGAGACCUUCGUGGUGCAGGGCCGGCCGUGGCUGCCCCAGUGCGCCCCAGUUUACGUCCAGUACUGGGUCAAGUUCUUCAUCAUCGGCGUCACCGUGCUGGUGGUGGCCGUGCCCGAGGGGCUCCCGCUGGCCGUCACCAUCUCGCUGGCCUACUCCGUCAAGAAAAUGAUGAAGGACAACAACCUGGUGCGGCACCUGGACGCCUGCGAGACCAUGGGCAACGCCACGGCGAUCUGCUCGGACAAGACGGGCACGCUGACCACCAACCGCAUGGCCGUGGUCCAGGCCUUCGUGGGGGGGUCGCACUUCGGCCACCCCCCGGCCCCGGCCGCGCUGGCCCCGGCCACGCUGGAGCUGCUGGCCCAGGCCAUCGCCAUCAACAGCGCCUACACCAGCAAGAUACUGCCCCCCGAGGCCCCCGGGGCUCUCCCUCGCCACGUGGGCAACAAGACGGAGUGUGCCCUGCUGGGGCUGGCGCUGGCGCUGGGCCGCGACCCCGAGGCCGAGCGGGCGCAGGUGCCCGAGGAGCACCUGGUCAAGGUGUUCACCUUCAACUCGGAGCGCAAGUCCAUGAGCACCGUGACGCGCCGGCCCCAGGGCGGCUUCCGGCUCUUCUGCAAGGGCGCGUCCGAGAUGGUGCUGCGCAGGUGCAGCUCGCUGCUGGACGCGGGGGGCGCCCCGCGCGCGCUGGGGGCGGCGGAGCGCGAGGAGCUGCUGCGGCGCGUGGUGGAGCCGAUGGCGGCGGGGGGGCUGCGGACCCUCGUCCUCGCCUUCCGCGACUUCCCCGCCCGGCCCGAGCCCCCCUGGGACGACGAGAGCGCCGUGGUCGGGGAGCUCACCUGCAUCGCCAUCGUGGGCAUCGAGGACCCCGUGCGGCCCGAGGUGCCCGAGGCCAUCCGGAAGUGCCAGCGCGCGGGGAUCACGGUGCGGAUGGUGACAGGCGACAACCUGGAGACCGCGCGCGCCAUCGCGGCCAAGUGCGGGAUCCUCCCCGCGGGGGGCGGCGGGGAGUGGCUGUGCCUGGAGGGGAAGGACUUCAACCGCAGGAUCCGCAACGACCGCGGCGAGGUGGAGCAGGAGCGCCUGGACAAGGUGUGGCCCAAGCUGCGCGUCCUGGCGCGCUCGUCGCCCACCGACAAACACACCUUGGUCAAAGGGAUCAUCGACAGCACCAUCGGCGAGCAGCGCCAGGUGGUCGCGGUCACCGGCGACGGCACCAACGACGGCCCCGCCCUCAAGAAGGCGGACGUGGGAUUCGCCAUGGGCAUCGCGGGCACGGACGUGGCCAAAGAGGCCUCGGACAUCAUCCUGACCGACGACAACUUCUCGAGCAUCGUCAAGGCCGUCAUGUGGGGCCGCAACGUCUACGACAGCAUCGCCAAGUUCCUGCAGUUCCAGCUCACCGUCAACGUGGUGGCCGUGAUCGUGGCCUUCACCGGGGCCUGCAUCACACAGGACUCCCCGCUGAAGGCGGUGCAGAUGCUCUGGGUCAAUCUCAUCAUGGACACCUUGGCCUCGCUGGCUCUGGCCACCGAGCCGCCCACGGAGGCGCUGCUGCUGCGCCGGCCCUACGGCCGCGACCACCCGCUGCUGUCCGGCACCAUGCUGCGCAACAUCCUGGGCCACGCGCUCUACCAGCUGCUGGUCAUCUUCACCCUGCUCUUCGCUGGGGAGGUGCUGUUUGACAUCGACAGCGGCCGCUCGGCCCCGCUGCACGCGCCGCCCUCGGAGCACUUCACCAUCAUCUUCAACACGUUCGUGCUGAUGCAGCUCUUCAACGAGCUCAACGCGCGCAAGCUGCACGGCGAGAGGAACGUGUUCGAGGGCGUGUGCGCCAACCCCAUCUUCUGCGGGAUCGUGCUGGGCACCUUCGCCGUGCAGGGGGCAAUGGGGACACACAGGAACGUGUUCGAGGGGGUGUGCGCCAACCCCAUCUUCUGCGGGAUCGUGCUGGGCACCUUCGCCGUGCAGGGGAUACACAGGAACGUGUUCGAGGGGGUGUGCGCCAACCCCAUCUUCUGCGGGAUCGUCCUGGGCACCUUCGCCGUGAACGUGUUCGAGGGGGUGUGCGCCAACCCCAUCUUCUGCGGGAUCGUCCUGGGCACCUUCGCCGUGCAGGUGCUGAUCGUGCAGUUCGGGGGGAAGCCGUUCAGCUGCUCCCCCCUCAGCGCUGAGCAGUGGCUCUGGUGCCUCUUCGUGGGCGUGGGGGAGCUGCUCUGGGGGCAGGUGCUGGUCUGUGUCCCGGGGGGGCCGCAGUGUCCGAGCCCCUCGGGGGGUCAGUGGCCGCAGGGGCCGGAGCCGGACGGGCAGGACGAGCUGGACGCGGCCGAGCUGCGGCCGGGGAAGGUGCUGUGGGUGCGGGGGCUGAGCCGCAUCCAGACCCAGAUGCGGGUGGUCCGCGCCUUCCGCAGCAAUUUGGGGGGGGGUCCCCCGCCCCUGGCCCGGCCCGAGCCCCCCCUGGGCCCGUUCGGGGCGCCCCCCCACGCCGAGCUGAUUUUUGGGGACACUCGCGACAUCCCGCUGAUCGACGACACGGACGCGGAGAGCGAAGCGCCCCCGAUCCGCGCCCCCGCCCCCCCCCCGAACCGCAACAACAACCACCGGCCCCUCCCCCACCCCGGCCGCCUGCACAGCCUCGAGACCUCGCUCUGAAUUUGGGGGGG